AUGGCCGCCUUGAUCUCCUUCAAGGACAAGUUCUUCCACAACGUCAUCAACCCAUUUUUGCGGGAGGUGAUGCAGCACCCUCAAGCCAUUGAGAUGCGUGAGGGGGUGCUCCACACCCGGGACGUCCAGGGGCCCAAAAGUAUGGGGACCGUGGAGGCUAGGCUCGAAGCUAUCGAGCAAGAGGUCUUCAAGUGCAAGGGGAUGGUGGAACGUGGACUCAAUGCCAAGCACCUCAUGAUUGAGGAUUUCACCCGUGAUCUCAAGGUGGAUGGCCGGUCCAUGAAAUACAUCGUCUUCACCUUCAACAAGCAAAUCAAUUUUCUUCAAAGCCAAAUCUAUGAUCUCCAAAAUCAAGUCUUUGAAUACGAGGUGAGAUUUAAAGGUAUGAGUUUAGCUGCCAGUUGCAGGACUCGUGAGACAUGCGCUUCCUCUUAUGAUGGUGAGCCGCUGCCAUGGAAGCCGAAAGAUAAGCUCUCUACUACCUGA